UCUACAAGUAAUUUAUAGAUGGCAUGCGCUCAAUACCAAAGUGACAAAUGUUUACGUUUGGACGUUAGGUUUACAUUGGACUUCGUUUCAUUUACUAUGGACAAAGCUAAGAAGAUUAUAACGUUUGGUAAAAUUGGAAGUACUUUUGGUACACCACAGGUGGAAGUAGGCGAAAACAGCAUCAGUGCCGAUGAACAGUCGACAGGUUUUGGUAAAUUUGGUAAUAAGCCCUCGAAAAGCAAUGUGGACUUAAAUGUCAGCUGUGAAGAAACAGACACUGUAUCAGAAACAGAUCCUGAAAGUCAACGUAUGCAGGAGAUCAUGGGAUUUGGAGGGUUUGGAAAAAAAUGUAGGCAGCCUGAUGUUGAAGACAUAGUCGAAAAAGUUGUAAAAUUAGUGAAAGAAAGGAUGAGAGGGAACAUUGAUUCUGCAGUGGAAAAAAUUGGCCCACUUUCUAUUAAGGACAAAGAAACUGAAGGCCAUUUAAGUGAACAAACAGAAGUCGACGACGUCAAUGACGACUUUAUUGGCCCUCCUAUACCAGAACAUCUGCUAAAUACUGAUGAAAACAUUACAAAUGUUACCAAGCGUAAGGAAGAGUGGUGCGAUGUCAGUAGUGAAGACAGCAGUGAUGAAGAUGAUAACGAAAGCAAGGAUACUCUGCAGAGUAAAAUCCCAGCUGGUGAUGAAGUGUCUAUGCUUCAUGGUACAAAAGCAGUAGUAGCAGUAGCAGUAGAUCCUGCUGGUGCCCGAUUGGCAACAGGAUCUGUAGACUAUGAUGUCCGAUUCUGGGACUUUGCAGGCAUGGAUGCCACAAUGCAGAGCUUCCGGACACUUCAGCCUUGUGAAAACCAUCCAAUAAAAUGUCUUCAGUAUUCUGUGACGGGGGACGUGAUUCUUGUGAUAUCUGGAAUGUCUCAGGCCAAAGUUCUUGAUCGCGAUGGGUUUGAAGUUGCAGAAUGUAUAAAGGGAGACCAAUAUAUUACUGAUAUGGCAAGAACUAAGGGUCACACAGCGCCAUUAAACAGCGGAUGUUGGCAUCCUCGUAUCAGGGAAGAGUUUCUGACUUGUGCAGAAGACAGUACGUGUCGACUAUGGAAUGUAGAGAAACCUGAACUCCACAAGGCCGUCAUGAAGACACGUGCACAAGAUGGACUCAAAACAGUUCCUACUGCGUGUGCAUACAGCCGAGAUGGUAAUCUUGUAGCAUGUGCUUGCUUUGAUGGGUCUUUGCAGAUGUGGGAUCACAGGAAGCUUUUUGUGAACACGGCAAUGCUGCUACGAGGAGCCCACCAGUCAAAAACAGAGACAUCGUGCAUCGCCUUUUCUUUCAUUGGCAGUCUGCUUGCAACAAGGGGGUGUGAUAACACAUUGAAAAUUUGGGACCUGAGGGCAUUUAAGAAACCUCUUCAUGUUGUAGACAAUCUAUUUUCCCGUUACGCCACCACUGACUGCUCAUUCAGCCCCGAUGAUACCAUGAUACUGACAGGAGAGAGUGUUAAAAUGGGAGAGACUGGUGGCAGAUUGCUGUUCUAUAAUUCAAAGACUUUUGAUAAAGUCACAGACAUAACUGUGACAGAUUCUCAUGUUAUCAAGGCUAUUUGGCACCCAAAGCUGAACCAGAUAUUCGUGGGCUGUGGAAACGGGGCCGUAAAAGUUUACUAUGAUGGCAGCCGUAGCUCCCGCGGUGCCAAGCUGUGCGUGGUGAAGACUCGGAGGAAGACGAAGCAAGUGGAGGUGGUGGCAGCACAGCAGAUCUUGACACCGCACGCUCUGCCAAUGUUUCGGCAGGAGAAACCCAAAUCGAUCAGGAAGCAGAUGGAACGGGACAGGCAGGACCCCGUGAAGUCGCGUAGACCAGACCUGCCUAUUUCAUCCGGUCAGGGGGGACGGGUAGCAACGUCUGGCGGAACGCUAAGCUCAUAUGUGAUCCGUAACCUGGGUCUGAGCAAGAGAGUGGAAGAUGACCAGGAUCCCAGGGAGGCUAUCCUGCGGUACGCAAAGGAAGCAGAAGAAAAUCCAUAUUGGGUGUCUCCUGCAUACUCCAAGACCCAACCAACACCGAUAUUUCAAAAAUCUGGAGAUGCAGAUGAGGAGGAUGGUCAAGGACCUGCUACAAAGAAAGCAAAACUGUAAAAAAAUCCUUGUCACUGUAUUUUGAUAAAAAAUAAAUGUUGAGUAUUACUGAUUUGUUUCUCUCUGUGUAUAUAUAACAAGAGUAAAUAAAAUAAAUAUAUAUAACCCUUA